AUGAAGGGAGAAGUUCACAGUCAUUUAGAGGAGAGCAUUCGUCCUUACAUUGAUCUGAUAGACACUCUGCGGUCAGUUGGCAUUCAGAAGGACUUGGCAUUACCGACUAUUGCAGUGAUCGGAGACCAGAGUUCUGGAAAAAGCUCUGUGUUGGAAGCGCUUUCUGGAGUUGCAUUACCAAGAGGAAGCGGAAUUGUCACCAGAUGUCCACUAGAGCUGAGGCUGAAGAAGGUAACAGGUGGAGUCAAGUGGAAGGCUGUUCUAUCCUACCGUAAGAGGAGAAUUGAAUUUGUGGAUUCUUCACUUGUUGCAGGUCCUAUUAAAGCCAGCAAACUGGCAAGUGGAAAGGUUGCAAAUUUAACUCAUGAUGAGAAGAAAUUUGAAUUUGGAGAUCCUUCUUUAGUUGAAGAACAUGUUGAAGCAGCCCAGAAUGAACUGGCAGGAAAAGGGGUAGGAAUAUGUGAUGAGCUCAUCACUUUAGAGGUCAUGUCACCAGAUGUGUGUGACCUCACACUGAUCGAUCUACCUGGAAUUGCCCGAGUCCCAAUAAAAGGACAACCAGAGGAUAUUGGAAACCAGAUCAAACGUCUGAUUAUGAAAUUUAUUGAGAAGCCAGAGACUAUAAACCUGGUAGUGGUCCCUUGUAACACUGACAUUGCAACAACAGAAGCAUUAAAAAUGGCACAAGAAGUAGAUCCUGAGGGCAAAAGAACUGUCGCCAUUUUGACCAAGCCAGACCUCAUAGACAAGGCAACAGAGAGGAACAUCGUGGACAUUGUCCACAACAAAGUGAUUCCUCUCCGCAAAGGUUACGUCAUGGUGAAGUGUAGAGGACAACAGCAGAUCGAUGAGAACAUUCCUCUGGAGGAGGCGAAACAAAUGGAGAGAGAUUUCUUCCAAAACCAUGACUAUUUCAGAUGCCUCUUGAAUGAGAAUAAAGCGACUAUUAAAUGUCUUGCUGUCAAGCUGACUCAGAAUCUUGUUGAUCAUAUCAAAAAAUCACUGCCACAGCUCAAUGAGCAGAUUAAAAAUCUGUUGUGGGAUGUGAGGAAUGAGCUCAAGGAGUGUGAGACUGGACCACCAGAAGAUCUUAAGGGAGCCAAACUGUUCCUCAUUGAAACCAUAAAAAGAUUCAGUGAUCAAAUCACCUCCUUAUCAUCAGGGGAACUGAUGAGUGAGGAAAAUUUGUAUGUCCAGCUUCGGGCUGAAUUCAAGAAGUGGAGUGAUCAUCUUAACAAUACAAAGACAUCCUUUAGCAAUACAAAAGAGUUGAGCCAGAAUAACAGAGGGAGGGAACUGGUCGGCUUCAGUAGCUACAGACUGUUUGAGAUGAUUUUGCAAAAACAUGUGGCCAAUCUUAAGGAGCCAUCCAUUGACUUACUCAAUACCGUCAAAGAAAUCAUCAUCUCACAAUUCAUUGAUGUGGUGAGUCGGUGUUUCCGGAACUACCCUGUCCUUCAAAACCUUACUAAGGACAAAAUUAACAACAUUCAGUUAAACCAGCAAGAAAAGACAAAGAAGAGGAUCAAAGAGCAGUUUGAAAUGGAAAACAUGAUCUACACUCAAGAUCCCAUCUACUUUAAGAUCUUGAAUGAGAUUACAAAAGAGACAUUUUCAGAAGAUCAGUUACCAAUCUUUGACAAAAAGUGCAAGUACAGUAAUAUGCUGGAGGCAUAUUAUGAGAUUGUGGUGCAGCGGAUGGCUGACCAACUGCCCAUGAUGAUCUCUUUUUUCAUGCUGAAGGAGACUGCUCAGCUCCUGUAUACUGACAUGUUGAGUUUACUGGAAAAGCCAGAUGUGCGUGAUCUCCUGUUUGAGGACUCUGAUGUCAGCAUAAGGCGCAAUGACCUACGAGCGCGCCUGAAACGUUUGAGUACUGCUCAGGAAGCAAUUAGCACUUUUUGUACUGACUAGAGGAUAUUAUCUGAAAAUACAUAUAAUACACUGUAAAAAAAAUAAAUAAAAAAAAGGCAGCUGUGGUUGCCAGUAUUUUACUGUAAAAAAUACAGUAGCAAACUUUUAUGGUUUUACGGAGCUUAAAUUUAUGCUAAAAACAUGUUAAUCUUAUGAUGUUUUAUAAGCUCACUUUCACUUAAAUUUUAUUAAAACAAGACAACAUAAAGUUCACCAGUGAUCUCAAACCCUUUAUAGUGCUGCAUACAUUCAACAUCAAUAGCUUAUUUGCAAUCACAUGGUUCUGAUGAUGCGCAAAAUUCAGAUGGAGGGCAGGAAGUAAAGAAACUAUAGAAAAAAAAAAUACAGAAAAAAGGUAAAAAUUGCGAGACACAAAUUUGUAGAAUCACAAAUUUACAGAAUCACAAUGUUUGAACUGCAAGAUAUAUAGUUGCUAUUUUGAAAAAUCUGUAUUGCGAAUAAGAAUUUUUGCAAUUACCUUAACAUCAAUUAUAAAGAAGUUCAUUUUUGAAUAGCAUAGUUCAUUCUGUUGCUUUUGUCUUAUGCCUUGUAUGAACAGCACCUGAAAAUGUUCUCUGUUCAG